CUCCCCACAGGGUAUGUUCUUGGGGCUUGAACCCAGGUUUCCUGCGGAGAUGGAGACAAAAUCGAGCCUUCCUCAGUCUCUCUCUGAAAGUAACUUGAUUAAAGCUGUGAAGCUCAGGCACCUGAUCAGUGAUAAUAUUAUCAAACCAUCCACUGCCAGACCCCUGAUCCACCACCUGCUGAACAUGAACAUGCACACUCUACAGUUACACAGUAUGAGGGAAUACCAGCCUCAGUUCAGGAGAACCUUGGAACAAUCAUUAAUGGACCAGGUCACUUCCAAAGCCUUGGCAGACGCAGGAACACUCAACUGGUGCAAAGAACUUAGGAAACAAUUUCCACUCAAGGUUUCUGGGGAUGGGAACAGCCUGCUCCAUUCCCUCUCGCUGUGCAUGUGGGGUGUAAAAGACACAGAUCUCACCCUCAGUAAGACAUUCCAUGAAGCACUGACCAAAACCAACAGCGUGAACUUCAGACUAAGGUGGCAGACAGAGCACGGGGCAGGUCAGCACUAUCCCACGACGGGGCUAUGUGACCAAUCUGCGAUCUGGGAUGCAGAAUGGCAGAAUAUGAUCGAUUCCUCUGCACCGGUAUCUCAGGCCUGUACCAGCCUGUACCAGGACAUGCACCUGUUUAUUCUGGCCAACAUCGCCAGACGUCCCAUCAUCGUCAUCGCAGAAAGUUCAAAGGGAAAUUCCAAAAAGGUUUCAGAUAAAACAUCGAGCCCUGCUGGCAUUUACCUGCCUCUCCACUGGCCCGCUGAGCAGUGCUUCACCUACCCCAUACUGCUCAGUUACACACAGCAACGGUUUACACCUCUCGUCAGUAUCAAUGACCCAGGCCCACAAAUCAACGCUUUCCCACUGGUGACCCCCAGCAGGAGUGGGAGCGAGGAGUUACCUGUUCGCUUCCUCCUGGACAAAGAAAGGCUAAACAAAAAGCAGCUUCUCAGCAAUUACCUGGUGGUGAUCACCAUCCCAGACAGUAACAGCAUCGAAAUGUUCCUGGCGGCCAGGUUGCAGAUUAAUCCUUUGCCCGAUGACCUGAACUUGGUUCAGGAUUACUUCCAGCUGGUUAACCACGAGUAUGGGCUGUGGCAGAAAGACACAGACAAAGGAGAGACACACAAACUCAAACGGGCCAAAGAGCAGAAGUUCUGCCUCUCAAACCUCUCCAUUGUAGAAGAGCGGUGUCUGACCCCCAAUUGCUCCUACUUCUGCUCGAAGUUCACCAAGCCUUUCUGUCACACAUGUCAUGAAGCCUUCCAGAAGGAAGCCACGUCUUCGAGAGCCAAAACCCUCCCCAGCAAACAAGGCGGCCACACACAAGUGAUGGAAUCACAGUCCAAAGCUGGAACGACCUUUGAGCAGUUGAGUGACAGGAGCACAGGGUCCAGUUCAGCUCUGCCAUCAGCGUCUUCUCCCGUUCAUUUCUUCAGCGAGACGAAUGCCCUGAAGUGCCGAAUCCUAAACUGUCCGUUCACGGGAAGCCUGGCUCAGAACGGACUGUGUCCGAGCUGCUUCCGGAGAAGCGAGCCUUUGGAACAGAUUCCAGAGACGGGCAGGAAUACCUCUCCGUGCUUCCCAAACUCCUCAAAUGAAAGAUGCAGCACUUGUAAUCAGGAAACAAGCAUGUUCAAUGGUUUGUGUUUCGUUUGCUUAAGGAGAUCGGGUUCCUAUCCACAGUCACAAGUCUUACAGGGGAGAACUUCAGAAUCCACCCCGGAUUCACUGAGCACCACUGGCCACCCUGCCCCCCAGGGAGGCCGGGACCAAGGACAGGCCUACAGUCAGACAGGGAAAUCUGCAAAGUGCAUCAAGCCAAAUUGUCAAUACUUUGGGACUGAAGAACAGUUUGACUAUUGUACAGUCUGCUUCCUUAACUAUCUCACAGUGCUUGAAACCUCCGGUCAGCGGGAUCCAGAGCGACAGGACCACAAGAGCAACUCCCGCCCUGCUCACGCCCAGUGUGUGCAGAUCUCCUCCCACCUCAGGAACAUGUCCGUGUGCUGCAGCGCAGGCUGCAGUAUGCUCGCCAACCCGGUGUACAACGGCCACUGCGAGAAAUGCUACGUUUACACGCAGAGCAAGAGCUCCCACAGAUCAAAGUCAGUCAGUGACGUUCCCACAGAACCCGCGGUUUGGAGUCCCGCAGCUCAGUGCCAUCGCGAUUACAGCGCCUCGAGCACUCAUGGGCUAUCGGAGAGAAACAGCAACGAGCACUUUGGGUCGGAGUUGAGGAGUGGAAAGGGCGUCAGUGGCCACCUCCAGCCUGCACACGGUCACCCCUCGCCCUCAGCCCGUCCCAACACAGAGCCAGAGAGAAUGCUCUGCAGGAGAAGGGGUUGCGAGCACUUUGGCAACACAAAGUGCGAUGGAUACUGUAACGCUUGCUUCACCGCCUCUCGGAUACACAGGAUGUAGACCAUCACCUAUGGGGGGGGGGGUUACAAUGUCCACCAACACCAGAGGCAACGUCAACACCACCACCUUGUAUUUAUACAGCGCACUUCACACAGGGUAGCCUCCCGGAGAGCUUGGACCUCUUUGUUUCCCCUGAAAAUUGAUCCGCAGGAGCCACCAGCCACAGUAGAAGGCAUGUUCCUCCGUCAGAGAGAGAGUCGGGGAGGGAUAUGGAGGAUAACCAACCUUCAUAGAUUUACCAGCAAGAUUUACUCGUAUAAGAAAGCAGUUUAUCUUUUAAACAAUCUGCUGGUUACAAGAAUCUCUGCUCAUCUUUUCCCCAAGGAAACCUCACAGCUUCCUGUUGUGUGCAGCCAGGAGAUAAACCGACCAAAGCCUUAAUGGGGGUGGGGAGAGGGGGAUAGGCCCGGGUGGGGAGGAGAGGCAGGGCAGGUGGGGAGGGGGGAGGGGAGAGCACAGGUGACCACCAAAAGUUCAAGUCUCUUUUCAAAAUCUAGUCCAAAAACCCCACAGUGACGGGUUAGAGAGACUUUUAAAGACAUCAAAUAGUUGAUGAAAGAAAGUGAACAGAGGGAAUACACCAAUAUUGCCGGACUCAAUAGUUAUUAUUAUUAUUAUUAUUAUUAAUUGUAUUAUUGC